UUCACAGUAUUUAAGCCUCAAGCAACAACACAAAGCAUAUCCAGUUCUACUUGCUCUGCCUAGAGAUUGCCUAUUGCCUGAGCUGAACACUUUUAGACAAUGGCUAAACACAACUUGCUGCUCUUUUCCCUCAUCAUCCUCACAGCGGUAUCGUAUAUUGUCACUGUAAUAUUCAACGCUCUAUCAGCAAUAUCUAAUAAUGGUGUAUUUGCAACAAUUGCAAAAAAUGUUUCCGACAAAUACUCACUGGAUAUCACCCCUGCGGGCUGGACCUUUUCUAUCUGGUCUGUGAUCUAUAUUUGGAAUGGAGCAUGGAUUGUCUACGCUGUCUCCACACUUUUCAGAAGGAAUUCUAUGGGCUAUAUAUAUGUAACGCCUGGGCUGCACCCUCCUGAAUUUUUUGUGAUUUGGAUUGUAAACAACAUUGUGAACAUUGGCUGGCUUUUCCUGUGGGACCAAGAGAUUCUGAUAUUUGCCAAUGUUUUCAUAGUUUUACUGCCAAUUUCACUCUACAUUAUGCUUGCCAUAUCAUAUCGUAACUGCUAUAAGUAUGGUGCCUGGAUGUGGGAAAACAACCGUGUUGACUUGUGGUGCACACGAAUCUUGGUGCAUAAUGGAUUAGCAACAUAUGCCACAUGGACAACAGCCGCUACUUGCCUUAACUUUGGAAUUGUCUUAAAAUAUUACGUUAAAAUAGAGGAUCCGGCCGUCAGCAGUAUCACACUGUGCCUCAUUUUCCUGGCCCUGGUCUUCUGGCUUAUGUUGGAAACAUUUGUCUUUGAAAAAUAUGUUCGCUACACUUUUACUAUAUAUCCUGUGGCCAUUGUUGCUUCUGCUGGUGUAUAUACUGGAAGUAAGACGUCCUCUGAUCUGUCAACAGUUAAUAUGAUUAAUGUGGUGAUUAUCGGACUGACUUCCUUUGCAUGUCUCUUGCGCUUUAUAUUGCUCUUCACAUGCCAUAAAGUGAGGCCUUUAUUCUCAGAGAAAACCAUUAGCACAUUAAAUGGAGAUUUAAUUGACAGCGGGAAGACGACAUUAGGAAGCCAAGGCCACAUCAAUCCAAUCGCCAUAGAAAUGGAAAAAUCGUGACAGAAACCUUAAACAUUGUUGUUCGUUGUUGCUUUAUUUAUUUGUAAUGCUGGGAUGCAAUUUAAAACAGGGCCAGUAAUAUUUUUAAACAGUUUUUUUUUUUUUUCAGGCUUGGGGACUAUAAUUUUGUAAUUUAAUAUUGUUCAGAGCCCCUCUAACCUUGAAACUGGAUGGUAAUUGGUUAUUUGUAUGAUGGCUUAUAAUGACAAUGUACUCUAUGGAAACUUUUUUUUUUAAAAUAAACCCAGAAAACCUUCAUA